CGGCUCCGAACUUGAUCUUCCGACAAACAAAAUAACCAAAUGGCAGUUGAGACAGUUUCAGAAGCAGGAUUUGAUGAAGAAGAACUUAAGUAUAAACACAAAUGCAAACAACUUAGACAAAAGAUUCUGAAGAUAUCUGCUGAAAAUGAUCUUCUUGUUGUUAAACUUGCAAGAAUGAAACGUAGCAUCCAACGACUUCGUCUUGAGCGAGCGUUUAUUUUUGAAAAACUUGAAGAGCGUGUUCCCUCAACAGUUGAAGAUUCUGGUACAUCUGAUUCAUCUGUUUCGUUUAAGCGUGAAAAGGAUUCUCCGCAUUCUGAAACUCAUGAAAUUUUACUUACGCAUUCUUCUGGUACAGGAGGGGCACGACGACGGCGAACUCGUGAUCCAGAUGCUCCAAAACGACCUUCUAAUCCAUUUUUGAAAUUUUGCGAUGUUGAAAGAGAGAGGAUUCGAUCUGAAAAUGAAGGAAUUGAUGGGUUUGAUGUAACUCGAGCACUAGGUGUUGCUUGGCAAAAUUUAGAUGAUGACUCAAGAAAGCCGUAUUAUGAUGCAUAUGAAUCAGAAAAGAAAUUGUUUAAAAUUAAAAUGGAUCAGUAUGAAAGUGAAAACCCUCGCUCAGGCCAAAAUCAAAAAUUUAAAUCAACAGAUGAUUCAAAUGUUCGACAAAAAUGUUUUAAGAAUUCAGAAAAAUUGGAUACCAAGAAUAUUGAAAAUGAAAAUUUAGAUAUUAAUGACGAAACAUGCUUAGAUAUUAAUGAUUAAACGCUUUCUCUUUACCAUUCAAUUUAUUUCAUUUAUAAUUCGAU